CAGAGCCGCUUUUGAAAGCAUGCAGCCCGGGUUGUUAUUUUGGUGACAGCGCAAUUGGAUGCUAAAAAUACCGUAAGCUUAUGGUUAAUUCUGAACGUGGCAAAUACAGGUAGCUAAUGUGACUGUCAAUGUCCAGGACGUUUUGUGGUCGGAUCUUAUCUUGCAGCCGCCGCCUGUGAAUUUGUGCAUGACAUCGUAGACCGGUGUCAGAUUUCAAAUAUACAAGCUCCAUGGAGUCUCCCAACCUGGAGUUUGAGUAUGGGGAUACAGACAGCCUGACUGCUGAACUCUCAGAGAUAUACAGUUACACGGAGGAGCCCGAGUUCGCCCUCAACAGGGACUACUUUGAGGAGGAUUUCAGGAGCCAUGUGCGGGGGAGGAGGUGGAUUGAGCUGGGUCAGGAGCAGCAGAGGGCCUAUGUGAUGAGACUACUAGAUGCUCUGGAGGUCACUGACCGGGACAAGAGGCUGAAGGUGGCCCGGGCCAUCCUCUACCUGGCACAGGGGGUGUUUGAUGAGUGUGACACAGACGCGGACGUGAUCCACUGGUCUCGCCACAACGUGUUCCUGCUGUAUGACAUGGGCAUCUUCACCGCUCUCCUGGAGCUGCUGAGCAUGGAGAUAGAUAACAACCAAGCCUGCAGCAGUGCAGUGAGGAAACCUGCCAUCUCUCUGGCGGACAGCACAGAACUCAGGGUCUUGCUAAGCAUCAUGUACCUGAUGGUGGAGACCAUCCGUCUGCAGACAGAGGACGACAGGCCAGAGUGGAGAACUGCCAGAGAGGCCUUCAAGACUGAACUGGGUUCUCCUCUGUAUAAUGGAGAGCCAUUUGCCCUGCUACUCUUCACCAUGGUGACCAAGUUCUGCAGUAUGAACGCUCCACACUUUCCCAUGAAGAAGGUCCUGCUGCUACUCUGGAAGACCAUCCUGUUCACAAUGGGGGGCUUCGAGGAGCUCCAGGAGAUGAAGGUUCGAGUCAGAGAGAGGCUGAGCCUGCCCCCCCUACCUGAGGACAGCAUCAAGGUGGUCCGGAGCAUGAGAGCAGCCUCUCCUCCAGCCUCGGCCAUGGAGCUCAUAGAACAGCAACAGCAGGCCAAGAGAGGACGCCGCAGCCGCAGGAGUGCCUUUGUUGAUAGCUUGGAAGGAGACAGUCCCUUUCCCAAGAAGCAGCCCCUGGUAAAGCAGGACAGCCUAGACACGUACAACGAGCGCGACCCCUUUAAGAACGACGACGCACACGACGAGGAGGAGGAUGGAGAGGAAGCCGACAGUGGCAUCGAGGGCGAGGUGGACCCCCUGGACCGUGAUGUCAUCAUUCAACCACCACCCCCACCGCCCCCGCUCAGACCCCCCACUGAGAGGGCAUCCCUCCCCAAGGGUCUGCCCUGGGCUCCCAAAGUCAGAGAGAAAGACAUCGAGCACUUCCUGGAGACCAGCAGGAACAAGUUCAUUGGCUUCACUCUGGGAAAUGACACAGAGACACUGGUCGGUCUUCCUAGACCCAUACACGAGAGUGUGAAGACCCUUAAACAGCACAAAUAUGUCUCCAUAGCCGAGAUGCAGAUCAAGAGGGAAGAGGAUCUUCAACAGUGCCCCAUGACCCUGGGAGAAGAGGAUGUGGAUGAGACCCCAACAGAGAUCCUGUAUCUGGGAAUGCUUCCUAACCUGUCUCAGUAUGUGAUUGCCCUUCUGAAGCUGCUGCUGGCUGCAGCACCUACCUCCAAGGCCAAGACAGACUCCAUCAAUAUACUGGCUGAUGUGCUGCCAGAGGAGAUGCCAAUCACGGUCCUCCAGAGCAUGAAGCUGGGUAUUGACGUGAACAGACAUAAGGAGAUCAUCGUCAAGGCCAUCUCUGCACUUCUGCUGCUGCUGCUCAAGCACCUCAAACUCAAUCACAUCUACCAAUUUGAGAUUGUCUCUCAACACCUGGUGUUCGCUAACUGCAUCCCGCUCAUCCUCAAGUUCUUCAACCAGAACAUCAUGUCUUACAUCAGUGCCAAAAACAGUAUAUGUGUGCUGGACUUCCCUCACUGUGUGGUCCAUGAGAUGCCUGAGCUCACGGCUGAGAGCUUGGAAGCUGGAGACAGUAAUCAGUUCUGCUGGCGGAAUCUCUUCUCCUGCAUCAACCUGCUGAGGAUCCUCAACAAGCUGACCAAGUGGAAACACUCCAGGACCAUGAUGCUGGUGGUGUUCAAGUCUGCUCCCAUCCUGAAGAGGGCGCUGAAGGUCAAACAGGCCAUGAUGCAGCUGUAUGUCCUCAAGCUGCUCAAGAUCCAGACCAAGUACCUGGGCCGCCAGUGGAGGAAGAGCAACAUGAAGACCAUGUCAGCAAUCUACCAGAAAGUACGACACAGGCUCAAUGACGAUUGGGCCUAUGGCAACGAUAUCGAUGCACGGCCGUGGGACUUCCAGGCGGAGGAGUGCGCCCUGAGGGAGAGCAUCGAGAAGUUCAACAGCCGCCGCUAUGACAAGACCCAGAACGGAGAGUUCGCCCCGGUGGACAACUGCCUGCAAAGCGUUCUGGGCCAGCGUGUUGAACUGCCGGAGGACUUCCACUACAGCUAUGAAAUGUGGCUGGAGAGAGAGGUGUUUUCACAGCCUAUCCAAUGGGAGGGCCUACUACAACAGGCCCAGUGAGGGGGGAGGACACACAUACCAGGGACACAAGCCUACGACGACUGUGAUCUUCAUGUAAAUAUGUGGCAGAAAUAGAGCAUCUGUUUGUAAUCACCUGUAUCCAUGCAGAAAUUGUACAGUAAUGAUAUAGACAGUAAUAAUGAUGUCAUGGCAACUUGGCAGGAGCAGGCUCUUACAGUAUAAGCUAUGUAGAAUACUGUCACUAUUCUGUCAGUCACAACAACCAAUCCAACCAGUUUAUUUUUUCUCACUAAAUUUGGUUAUCUUCUGUGCUUUGUGGAAUAAUUCAUUUUACAUCCACGGCAUGUCUUUUUUUUUAUGAAGAUGUACAUUUAAGUACCAGCAUGAUGUUUAGUUUAUGUGAUGUUUUACAGGUGUAUUUAUUUCUGAUCACAGCCAUUAUGUUUAAGUGCGUAACUCUCAUAGCUGCAGAUUGUAUUGUGGUUUAUAUAUAUUUCUAGAAAAAAUGCCUCUUUGGAAAGAAACUACUAUGUAUUAACAGACUAACAAUUAAGUACCUUACUGUGAUUGUUUUAAAUUAAAAUUGUAAAAAAUAUACAAAAAUAGCUUCUUAGCAAA